AUGCUGGCUAUAAUCCUUGUCUUCGUGACAUCUAUUGUCAUUGUUAUACGUUCAUUCAUCCUCCGAAAAAACUUGACCGACAGCAAGGGCAACCCUCUCCCUCCGGGCCCACCCCUGCGCUACGCUUUUCUGCGCCGAUACCCCGAGAAGCCGCUGUACAAAUGGGCCAAGAAAUAUGGGCCAAUAUACUCAGUAUGGAUGGGCGAACAACUAUUCGUCGUCAUCAACGACGCAGCUGUUGCUCGUGACCUACUCGUUGUCCACGGUUCCAAUUUUUCUAGCCGUUGGUCCUACUUCAUGAAGAACCAGACCAUUCUAGGCGGGGGAGCAAUCACCGCUUCGCCGUACAACGAUACAUGGAGAAAGCAUAGAAAAAUCGCAAUGUGGCUCCUAAACUCGAAGGCUGUGGAUACAUACGCAGGCACCAUCGAUUAUGAGGCCCACAUGCUUGUUCGAUCUCUCUAUGAAGCAUCUUUGGAUGGCGGAUCAGCCGUCGACCCCGCCUACUUCGCCGGUCGCUUCGCGCUAAAGUACGUUACAACGUUGAACAAGGCUCGCAUACUCACUCACCGCAUGUACAGCAACAUGCUCACUCUUGCUUUCGGUAUACGAACUGUGUCGGCCUCUGAGCCCUUGGUCGCUGAGGCUAUUCGUCUAGGCAUGGAGUUCAUGCAGCUCACCGGCCCUUGGACUAAUAUGAUCGACUUCAUCAAGAUUCUACAAUGGCUUCCCACCCCUUCGCGAGCAAGUGCUCGUAAACUUCACAGUGACUUCCUCGAUGUAUACGGUGCGAUGAUAAACCAAGUCAAAGACCGAAUAGAUGCAGGCGAAGAGGUACCAGACUGCCUGGUCAAGACACUCUUACAAUGCCAACACGAAGAAGAGCUUAGCUGGAAGGAUAUGUGUUUCAUCGUCAUCGCGUUCACGACUGGCGGGGUUCACUCUACAUCGGGAAUUAUAGAAUGGUUCUUGGCGUUAAUGCCAUCCCACCCUCACAUUCAAGCUAAAGCGUGCGAGGAACUCGAUCGGGUUGUCGGUCGGCACGCUUGGCCUACGGCAAGUGACGAAAUGAAGCUUCCCUAUUGCAGGGCGAUAAUCAAGGAGGUUCUUCGCGUUCACGCUCCCUUCUGGAUGGGAACGCCUCACUGUUCCGACGAAGAUUUCGUGUACAAUGGGUACUAUAUCCCCAAGAAUACCACCAUGGUUCUGAACGUUUACGCCCUUCACCAUAAUGAAGAUCGCUACCCGGAAUCCUCUACUUUCAACCCAGAUCGUUAUCUGGGUGAUGAGCUCAGUUCCUCCGAGUCGGCGAAGCAAUCAAAUGUACUCCUUCGAGAUCAUUGGGCUUUCGGUGCGGGACGUCGCCUCUGCCCGGGCAUGAUUAUGGCCGAACGUGAACUAUGGAUGGCUUUGUCUCGGCUUUUGUGGGCCUUCCGUUUCGAAGAGGUCCCGGGAGAACCCAUCAGCCUUGAUGAGUACGAGGGACUUUCUGGACGUACCCCUUUGCCGUUCAGAGUGAGAUUGCAACCCAGGCAUGGGAAUGUUCGUGACAUUCUUUUGGAGAGGGACGAAGUGUCCAUCACCGUGUUUUAG